AUGGAAGAUAGUUAUCUCCAAACUGAGAACGUGAUUAUGGACACUGAGUUCAUGAAUGGAUUGCUACUAGAUGGUUGCUGGUUAGAGACAACAGAUGGAUUUGAUCCAUCUUCCUUCACGUGGUCUCCAACUCAAGAUACAUCAGCACUCGUAUCAUCAUCAAGUCUUGACUCCUUUCAAUGGAACAAACGAUGGUGGAUCGGACCAGGAAGUGGUGGUGCCUCUUCAGUUACCGAGAGAUUAGUUCAAGCAGUUGAACACAUUAGAGACUACACAACAGAGAGAGGCUCACUUAUACAGUUAUGGGUUCCUGUUAACAGAGGAGGUAAGCGAGUUUUAACCACAAGGGAACAACCUUUUAGCCACGAUCCUUUAUGUCAGAGACUCGCAAACUAUAGAGAGAUCUCUGUGAACUAUCACUUCUCUGCUGAGCAAGAUGAUUCUAGGGACUUAGCUGGUUUGCCUGGAAGGGUUUUCUUGGGGAAGGUUCCUGAGUGGACUCCUGAUGUUAGGUUUUUCAGGAGUGAGGAGUAUCCUAGAGUCCAGCAUGCUCAGGAUUGUGGUGUACGUGGAACUCUGGCGAUUCCGGUGUUUGAGCAAGGUAGUAAGAUUUGCUUGGGUGUUAUUGAGGUUGUAAUGACUACUGAGAUGGUUAAGUUAAGACCUGAGCUUGAAAGUAUCUGCAGAGCGCUUCAGGGAUGUGACUUAUCAUACAAAGCUGCAUUACCUGAAAUCCAAAACCUCUUGAGAUGUGCUUGUGAGACUCAUAACCUACCAUUAGCUCAAACAUGGGUCUCUUGCCACCAACAAGCCAAAACCGGAUGCCGUCACAACGACGAGAACUACAUCCACUGCAUCUCAACCAUUGACGAUGCUUGCUACGUUGGUGAUCCAACAGUCCUUGAGUUCCAUGAAGCUUGCUCUGAGCAUCACCUCUUGAAAGGCCAAGGAGUUGCAGGACAAGCUUUCUUGACUAAUGGACCUUGCUUUUCUCCUGAUGUCUCUAACUACAAGAAGUCUGAGUACCCUCUCUCUCACCAUGCUAACAUGUUUGGCUUACAUGGAGCCGUUGCGAUAAGGCUACGCUGCAUCUACACGGGAUCUGCUGAUUUUAUUUUGGAGUUCUUUUUGCCUAAGGACUGUGAUGAUUUAGAGGAGCAGAGGAAGAUGUUGAAUGCUCUUUCGAGUAUUAUGGCUAAUGUUCCUAGAAGUUUAAGGACUGUUACUGAUAAGGAACUAGAAGAAGAGAGUGAAGUGAUAGUAACGCCAAGGAUAGAGAACACAUUGGUAUUUGAUGGUGGAGACAAGGGGAAUGAUGUGUUUGGUUUGAAAAGAGGUUUUGAUGUCAGUGAGAGCAGCAUGUUCUCUAGUGAUGGUUUCAGUAGUAUGGUUGAGAAAAAGCGUAUAAAAGUAGAUAAAACCAUUACUUUGGAUGUGCUUAGACAGUAUUUUGCAGGGAGUCUUAAAGAUGCAGCCAAGAGUAUUGGUGUUUGUCCAACGACGUUGAAGAGAGUAUGUAGGCAAAAUGGUAUACAAAGAUGGCCUUCAAGAAAGAUCAAGAAAGUGGGACAUUCUCUUCAGAAGAUCCAACGAGUGAUUGAUUCUGUUGAAUGUGUUUCAGGUCCUCUUCCCAUAAGCUCCUUCUACGCGAGUCUCCCUAACUUAACUUCACAAGAACCAUCAUCUCAACAAGCCAAGACCUCCCCUCCUCCUCCUUCAAAAUCACCUGUUUCAACAUACAGUUCAAGCUCUAGCCAAUGCUGUUCCAGCGAAACUCAACUAAACAGUUCAAGUCUUGAAGAGACAGUGUUGACUCUGUCUAGUUUAGAGAACAUCCCACAAGGCGGCACCAACUUGUUGUCAACAUCAUCUCAAGAUGAUGUUGACUCUAUGAGGAUUAAAGUUAGCUACGGAGAAGAGAAGAUCAGGUUUAGGAUGCGGGAUUCGCGCAGGUUAGCUGAUCUAAUGUGGGAGAUAGGGAAGCGAUUUGGUAUAGAAGAUAUGAGCAGGUAUGAUCUAAAGUACUUAGAUGAAGACAGUGAAUGGGUUUUGUUGACUUGUGACGAAGAUGUAGAAGAGUGUGUAGAUGUCUGGAGAACUACGCCUAGUCAUACCAUUAAGCUUAUGCUCCAUGUUUCUUCUCAUUGUUUCCCUGAACGUUCUUCAGCUACUGAUUACAGUUUAUGGCAAUGACUUCAUAAUCAGAGAAAGGGUGAAGAAAAAGAAGUUUGUAAGACAUGGAACAAAUGUACCUUUGUGUUCUGUGUUAUAAUUGUUCAUCAUUUUAAUUGUUAUCAUUUUCAAAUCUAGAUAUACAUAUAGAAGAACUCAAUUGUAACCAUAAAUUUCAUAUUUUUAUACGUCAGAGGAAAAUAAAACUAAAAAU